AUGUGGACUCUGCCUUACCAGAGGGGUCUAGUGCUGAGCAGCAGGUCAGAGCUUCAGCAGGUGCUGGAGAGGAGGAAAAGGGUGCAGAGUGACAAGGAGGAGGAAGGACAGAGCAGGACUCCUCUGGACGAUGUGCUGCUCAGACGUCAGCAGAGACAACUUGAGAAGGAGAAAGAAAAAGAGGAAAGAGUACGAGAAGAAGCCCACUUGAUGGAGUUUGUCAGAGUCCGACAGAACCUAAGAAAGAUCCACACAGUGAUCCAGAGCAAGGCUGCAAACACAUGAAGUGCUACAGAAGAAUGCACCUGAAGUGUAAAAUUAACUCUUGUCUAAUCUGUGUUUA